CCUAGGUAGUAAGUUUAUCUUUGGAAUGGCUUGAAUCCAAUCUGGUUUCUUACGUGCACAAAAAUGGCACUUUGCAAUCAUACUAAUUGCAAAUUUGAUGUGAAUGCGUCCAUAUUGGGAAAGAAAAACAAUGUGUGCAUUGUUGUAGACAGCCAUCCAAAGUCUAUCGUCGAAUCAUGGCUUUAUUUGCUGACGAAAGUGCCUCCCUCCCCGGAUCCGGACCCUUCUGCACCACCCGCAAGCACUUCUUUGAGAAGAGCGUGUGGGACUCGGCCAUCGGUGAUAAAUGCACCACCUACUCCCAAUUCAAUGGCACUCGUGGCGUACUAUGGACGGAGUAAACGCAAUUAGCAAUGUAAGAAAGAAAAAGUGAGAAAUUGAAAUUCGAUGCGUGCCAUUCUCGAGGAAUCCUAAGAAUUCCAAUGCAACAAAACGUACGGAAACCUUGGGGAUCAUUCCACCGGUGAUUGUUUCGUCCUCGAUCAGGGAUUCCACGUCGGCGCAGCUCAGCGAGGGCAGCAGCUUCAUUUCCUUGUCCAACACCCCGGCAAUGUCGGUCAAGAACAGGGCCCGGGCAGCGCGCAACUCCCCGGCGAUUCUUCCGGCCGCCACGUCCGCGUUCACGUUGUAGGCAAUGUCUUUUUCGUCGCCAAUCCCGGUUCCGAUGGGGGACACCACGGGGCAGAUUCCCAUGUCGAGCAGGUCGUUCAAGAGUUUGGUAUUGACGCUUUCUACCUCUCCGACAAAACCCAGGUCGUAGCCGUCUUUGUUGGUUUUUUUCACGCAUUGCAGCAGCGAGUCGUCCCGGCCCGACAGUCCGAUGGCCCUGCCGCCGGCACUGCAUAUCGUCGAAGAAAUUUCCUUGUUGACGCUUCCGCAGAGGACCAUUUCGGCCACGUCGACGACCUCCUUGGACGACACCCGCAUGCCGCCUUCGAACCGCGACUCGACCCCUACCUGUUCCAGCAUGGCAUUGAUUUGUGGCCCUCCCCCGUGAACGACGAGGAUUCGCACACCCAGGUUUUGCAGGGUAACAACAUCCUGGCAGAACCCGGCCUUGAGCUCUGGCGAUGUCAUGGCAUUCUAGAAAAGAGUGAAAAAAAAAAAAAAAAAAUCGAUGUUAAAACCUCGCAAGGAUGGGCGAAACAGCAUUGCAGUGAUGCAUAGGAAUUUCUUCCUAGGUUCGCGUUAUAUAGAACAUGGGAAAAUCAUGCCCUCAUGAUGUGCACGCAAAGCUAUCUUCGAUGCCAAUAAAAUCCGACUCGACUCGACUCGACGCGAUUUCAUUCGCUUUAACGCAGGUGAAAAAACGCCUCAAAAAACAUACCCCUCCGUACUUCACAACAACGGUCUGGCCCCUGAGCGAUCUAGCGGCAUCGGCAAUGGUCUCGGCGACCUCCGAAAAGUUUUCGGGUGCCGCCGAAACCGAUGUUUUCGAGACCGCGCCGGGUGCACGGGGAGCCAGGGCCGACGACGGGAAGGCGAAACCCGAUGCUACCGAUGCGGUCGAUGCCGCGACGAUGAGGACUGAUGCAAGCGAUUUCAUGUUCGUUCGUUUGUGUGUUUUCUUCGUUUGAUUUGGUGUGGUUUGGCUCGGUUUUGGCUUCCGGAGGGAACUUGGCUCUUCGCAGCAGCUUCGAUCGUUCACGCCUUCGCAAGGCGUCAGCUAACGGAUACCGGCACAAAUUCAAGAUGUGAUCGACGGAUCGGAUCACAAAACCGACGAAACUGCACGAAGUUUUGUCCUUACUGUAAGAGUACGUACGUACGUACGCAACGGUACAUUCUCGAAACUGCACUCAACCAUAUCCACGAAUCACAUUCGAUCUGGGAUUGAGGAACAGCUGCUGUUUGAUUUUAACAUCAUAUCCUUCUUAUCAUAUGAAAGUACUUCCAGUCUCAGGUUUUCUUCUAUUAGUUUGCGUCUGUCUAUCGUUCCCUAGAAGGAGGACCAGUCAUCUGUGAACUGUGUUUUCAAUCUGUUUUGCCCCACAGUUGUGAAUGGUAGGAUCCUGUACCAUACCAUAGUAAUAUCUCUACCCCGUGUUUUGAUAGUUUCGAGAAAUCGAAUCGACUUACUGAUUCUUCCGAAACGAAGCAGUAGUACAGCAAUCGUUAUACUCUGGUUUGGGUCUAAGUUGAUAGAAGAGCAACUCGAUCACAAGCAUCAGCAGCGAUAAGCAGAACCCAGGCUUGUAGCACUGAAUCAAUUGAAUUCAACCAAUCCGCUUAAUUUGCUCAAUUCACCAUGGCUAAAAAAGGCAAGAGCCCAUCAAAAAAGCAAUCGCGGAAGACCGGCAAGGACUCCGCCGAAAAGAAGAAGGGAGUCGAUGUGGACAAGAUUACCUGGGAUGACAUUGCAGCCAUGUCGGACUCCGACGACGAUGCCGGUGGCGAGAAAGCGAUUGAGCUGAGCAAAAAGGCGAAAGAUCUCCGCCAGAACAUUGCAAACAACCUCAGCGGCCUCUUGGCGUCAAUAAAUCAGAAAGACGGGGACGACGAAGAAGAGUUUGAAGAAGCCGUACUCGACGAGUCUUCCGAUGAAGAAGACGAUGCACAGUCAGAKGACGGAAAUGACGAGGACGAAGGUCAGGGCGGCAUGGAAGAAGAGGAAGAAGAAGAAGAGGAAGAAGAUAGUGACAACAACGAAUCGUUCAUAGACAAGAUCAAAAUCAAAAGCAACGAUGCCGAGGAUGACGGUGACGAUAGCGACAGCGAGUCUAGCGAUGAUGAGAUGGAUGAAGAAACGAAGAAGAAGCAGGAAAAGUAUGCCAGACUCGAGAACAACAACAACAUCAAUUCAAAGGCUCUUUCGGUUGUUGCCGCCGAGCUAAAUUCCGUUCACUCCAAGAUGCCCUGGGCGGAAACUUUUGUCAUCGUGCCACCGACCCCACUUCCCUUUGGAGAAAACGGAGAUCCAGAAAGCAAUCCACUAGAUAUUCACGAUGAUUUAAAGAGGGAAGUAGCAUUCUACAACACUGCUCUCGAGGCCGUCAAUCUGGCCCGACCGAAAUGUCAGGAAGCGGGCAUUCCUUUCACCAGAGAAGGCGACUUUUUUGCAGAAAUGGUCAAGACCGAUGGUAAGUGCGAUGCGAUGUAAAGCCCCAAAGAGAGGCCGUGUAGGAAAUGCAUGCGAACCAAUUUCCUUUCCUUCAAGUUUCAUACCGUUCGCUUACAGAACAAAAAAUGCGUCUCUUGUGGUUUUCUUGCUUGCUGGCUUGCUUUCAUCCUCUUUAUCCAUUUUUCUCGCACAGAUCACAUGGCGAAUGUGAAGGACCGUCUCAUAUUCGAAAACAAGAAGAUCGAGGCCGUGGCGCAGCGCAAGUCGAACAAGGAGCAAAAACUACGCGCCAAGGAGUCGCAGGCCAACCGCUUGGCCGAGAAGGCGAAACGAAAGAGGGACCACUUCCGGGACGUGGAGGACUGGGCGAACUCGGCCGCAAAGAACCGUGGCGGCGGCCUCCGGGACGAUGUGGACGACCACUUUUUGAACAACCGGUACGACGGUUCCGGCCCCAGCAAGAAGCGCCAGAACGCCGACAAGAAAUACGGGUACGGUGGAAAGAGGGGGCGCUUCAAGCAGAACGAUCGCAAAUCCAUGAACGACAUGUCCGGAUACAACCCGCGUGGCAACUUUGCCGGAGGAAUGAAGAAGACCGGCUCGGGGGCAAACAGAGCCGGAAAGAGGGCCCGAGACGCGAAGCGAUCGAGGCGCUAGAAAAGAGCACGCACCGAACAGCGACGAAUGUGCUGUGUACAAAAAGUAGUAAUGAUGAUGAUAAAACAAUCGAGUUUUCAGUUACAUCAUUCUAUAGGAAUGUGAAUGAAUCAUUAGUAUUCAACAAGUUGUAUAAUACUCUUACCGCGCGAUGCAUAUAGUAGACGUCGGUCCACUUCAAGUCUUGGGAACACUACGUUCGUACCGUAUGGCGGUGGCAUUUUCUAUCCAUUCCGUAUUUUGUACUGUAUGACUAAAUUCAUCGAGAGCCAGCGGAUGAAAAAAUACAAGCAUGGGUUCGUCUUCUAAGUGCACUCUACCAGUGCGGUCUGCUUUAGAUCAUCUUCGUAUGUGACAAAGAAGAAGGAUUUGUAACUUCAUAAAGUUUAAUUUUACUUGCCCAGAUACUUUAUUUCUAAAUGCAGUGCACAGGAGGGCACGCAGUUUCGAACGACCAGGGAAAACAACACGAGUACCAUGAAUCACAAAUAUUAGCCGAACACAAAAGACGAGGUUGAUUGACAAGGGACACAACUCGUUUCUUUCGUGAUUUUCAAUAGUUUAUUGAUUGAUUGUGUGUUGUCCUUAGGAACAACAGUUUAUUGACAUUAUUUUAUCGCUCCGCUCCCAAACAAAAAUAAAACACACGGACGGGCUACCGUAUUAUUGUAUUUCUUCUAUUCCAAUUGCGUUCUCUUGCUUACUUUCGCUUUACCAAAGUGGCAGAGAGCCAGUCAAGACCCUCGUACAGACCGUCUCCAGUAGUGGCACAGCAUGCCUGGAUGUACCAUUGACGAUAGGACGGGCGAAGACCGUGCAAUCCGAGCUUGUCGGUCAUUUCUGCCGCACUCAUGGCAUUUGGCAAAUCCUGUUUGUUGGCAAAGACGAGAAGGACAGCGUCUCUCAAUUCAUCCUCGUUCAACAUUCGGUGCAACUCGUCUCGGGCGGCAUCGAUACGAUCGGCAUCAUUAGAAUCCACGACGAAAAUCAAGCCCUGCGUGUUUUGGUAGUAGUGACGCCACAAUGGACGGAUCUUAUCUUGACCACCCACAUCCCACACUGUGAAUGAAAUGUUCUUGUAUUCAACGGUUUCAACAUUGAAUCCUAUUGGUAUGAUAGUAGGCGAGACGAAAAUUAGAAACUGAAUAUCGCAAACAAAUCUGAAGUCCAUCGGACAAUGACCAAUCUUCUGAUUCACGACUUACCGAUGGUUGGAAUAGUAGUGACAACUGCAGUGAAGAAGAUAACGAGGUUUUAACAUAAGACAGUGAGUUACAAUUCGAUCCAAUCUAUCUACGACUCGCAAUGAGUGAGGCGAACACGAGAUCCAACAAAUUUAUAAACUAACCUUCUCCGAGCUUCAAUUUGUAAAGGAUGGUGGUUUUACCGGCGGCAUCAAGACCGACCAUGAGAAUUCUCAUCUCCUUCUUGCCGAACUACAUUGUGAAGAAUAGAGCACAGUAUAAAAA